AUGAACUUUAUUAAAAAGUGUUGGGAUGAAAUUGGUGCUGAUUUCACUGCAGCGGUUCUGGGUUUCUUCCAAUCUUCCAGGUUACCAGCAGAUGCUAAUGUCACUUGGGUGGCGUUGGCCCCCAAGUUUACUGGGGUUAAGAAAAUCAAAGACCUUCAUCCAAUUAGCAUGGUGGGGUGUGUGUAUAAGUGGAUCAAACUGAAGAAGAAGCAAGCAGCAAUAAUAAAGCUAGACUUCCAGAAAGCAUAUGAUAGAGUCAAGUGGAGUUUUGUCGAUAUUGUCCUGCAAAAGAUGGGGUUUGGUCGAAGAUGGAGGGGUUGGGUUAUGGAAUGCGUCAGUACGUACUUUAUGAUGAUUGGAGAGGCUGUUAGAAAUGGUCGCAUAUCUCCUCUGUUGGUUGGAAGAGAUCAUAUCGAGUUGUCUCAUCUUCCGUUUACAGAUGAUAUUAUACUGUUCUGCCCAUCUGAGGAAGAGACCAUCAAGAAUUACAGGAGGCUACUUCAUUUCUUUGAGCUGAUGUCAGGUUUAAGCAUCAAUUUUGACAAAUCUAGCUUGAUUUCUAUUAACUGUGAAGAGCAAUUGGUACAACGGAUGUGUAGUGUGCUGGGCUGUAAAGCAGCUACUCUUCCAGUCAAAUAUCUGGGUAUUUCGCUAGAAGCAAAUCCGAGGCUGGUAAAGACUUGGAAGCCAAUAAUAGACAAAGUAGAGGAUAAACUUAGUCUUCGAAAAGCCAAGGCUCUCAAUAAGGCCGGUAAGUUGGUUUUCAUCAAAUCUGUGUUGAAUAACCUUCUGGUUUACUAUUUAAGCUUGUAUAAGAUGCCUAAAGGUGUUGCAGAGAAACUGAUCUCUUUGCAGAGAAGAUUCUUAUGGAGUAAGGAGGAUGGGAGGAACGGUUUGGCUCUGGUUAAGUGGGAAGUAGUGCAGGCUCCUAAAAAAAUUAGGCGGUUUAGGAGUUGGGGAUGCUAUGAUAUGCAAUACAGCUCUUCUGUUUAA